GUUCCUCCUCCUCUUUGGUUCCGGCCGGUGGCCAUUGCAAGUGUCCAGCGAUGAGGUCGCUGUCCGGGUUCUUGUUCGUCCUGGGGACCGCCACCGCCGGACUCUACUUGCUGUCGGUGAGGCUCCCCGGAGGACCCCGCGAGGGAAGCCGGUCAUUAAAGUUCCCUUCAGACCUAGAAGAACUGCAAGAACUUGCAGAGUUUCUACGGUACUACAACAGAGAGCAUCACACAUAUGUGUUGCUGCUGUUCUGCAGUGCCUAUCUAUACAAGCAGUGCUUUGCUAUACCAGGUUCCAGCUUUCUGAACAUCCUUGCUGGGGCUCUCUUUGGACCAUGGACAGGACUCCUGUUGUGUUCUGCUUUGACUUCCGUUGGUGCCACUUGCUGCUACGGACUCUCCAAUGCGUUUGGGAAAAAAAUAGUUGUCUACUACUUUCCUGAAAAAGUUGCCAUGCUUCAAAAAAAGGUGGAGGAGAACAAAAAUUCUUUGUUCUUUUUCUUGUUGUUUCUGAGGCUAUUCCCCAUGACUCCAAAUUGGUUUCUGAAUCUGACAUCUCCAAUCUUAAACAUCCCUGUGACUCAAUUCUUCUUCUCUGUUUUCAUAGGCCUCAUCCCAUAUAACUUUGUAUGUGUCCAGACAGGCUCAAUCCUUUCACAAAUCACCUCCUUGGAUGCCAUUUUCUCAUGGAGCACUCUACUCAAAAUGUUGGCAGUGGCAAUGGUAGCACUGAUUCCUGGGACUUUAAUUAAGCAGUUCAGUCAGAAACAUCUCAGUUUGGACAGUAGUAAUCAAAAUGUGCAUCUGCUCAAUGGGAGAAAAAGCAGCUGAAUAGGCUGUGUUGCAAGCAGAUACAAUGGAAGCAUAUUUAUGGGAAAGGUGCAAUUUUUCUAACUGUGUUUCAGUUCUUCUGAAUCCUUUUGACACUGCCUGGACAUCUCCUUCAGUAAUAAAUAGAACACAGCCUGUUCUCAAUUUUAUAAAAACCUACUACAGAGACUCGCAUGAUUCAUUUUUAAAGUGAUUGUGACUGUUCCAGUGACUUGUGUGCCUAGAAUGUGGUUAUGUUGUCACAGCUGUGACCCACUGGACUGUAAAUCUUAAAGUUCUUAAUCAGGGGUGAGCAACUGUAUGGGGCACAGACCAGUUUCCUCAGACCCAUCCAUCCACUGCUGUAACCCCCUUACCUCUGUUUUUCUGGGCAGUGCCUCCAAAAUGGCAACUGGAUAUCACAUGUCUUCCUUUCAUCAUUUGAAGAUGGAAAACAGUGGUGGGUUCUGGAGAUGCUGCAUGGUAGGGUGAGGAUGUUUUCAAGCAAAACGAAUUGUAAAAAAUCAUGGCAAGAAAUCCCAGCCAUCCUGGCCAUGGGUAGAGAACUGUAGGCCAAAACCUAUGGGGGACAUGUAAACUUUGGUCCUGGGGACAGGGAGGAAACAUUCUAAAGCAGAAGUAGGCAAGUUAGCUUUCUGGAUGAUGUUGGAUUACAAUUCCCAUGACCUCUCACUACUGAUUAUGCUAAGUCCGAGGGGAAUUGCAGUCCAACAAAAUCUUUAGGGUUUCAAUAGCCUAUUCUUCUGCUAUUUUUUUUUUUGCAAAAUUAAUUUCUCUGUUUAUACAGCUUUGUAUAGAGAACAGUAAUUCAUACUCCCUGUCAUUGUGUUUUACAUCCCUUGAAUAAUUGGAAAGUUAUGCUCCUAUUCCAUUGGCUCAGUCUAUUUCAGAGGUGGGAAAAGUCCAGUGAAUGAGGAUGUCAUUGUUUCUUUUGCUCCUUCAGAGUAUAAGAUCAAAAUGAAAUACCCCAGAACAAACCCAUUUUUUAAAUAUGUUACAUCUCUCUGUCCAGCAUUAUGUUGUGGUCAGCAGUGGUGAACAGCCACUUUAAAAAACAAACAAACGGUGUCUUUGAAUUUGCUAUUUGGCAAAGGCCUAAUUCUCACUGAAAUAGUAAACGUAAUUUAAAAUGCAAGUGAAGGCUCUUGACUGAAUGCCUUCUCAUUCACAAAACUUUUUUCACACAGAAAACUAAAUGCUAGUAUCAUUGUUAGGCUAGACUACUAUUGGGGGAUUUCUGGAGUGAUACAAACUCACAGCCUCACAAUAGUUAGCCAGUAGGACCUGCAGCAGGGAUUCUCCAUCUUCCUCUGAAAAUUAAUCUAGCUCAGCCCCAGGGGAAGAGGCAACUCGGUGGUGGCAUCUGUCUUCCAUUCAAAUGAUGGUGUUAUGAUAAACAUACCAGUGUUCUAGGAAUGGUAUUUCUCUGUCCUUAUAGUUGCAAUAUUACAUCAAAAUAUUACAUUUUAAAGGCUGGUCUGACAACUGUGUUGUGACAAUUUGGAAAGAAGCUAAAAGUGUCUGUGAGUUGAAUUUGCCUGAGCAGCAACUAUGUCUUAAUCAAGUGCCUUAUGGCCUGUGUGUGUUUACAUGGAACUUGUAUUCUUAUCAAAUAAAUGGUGGUUUAAAUUCUU